GAUAAGCAGCAGGAGCGAGGCUGGCGGGGUGCUGAGUCUGCGGGCGAGGAUCGGGGGGACGCACUGGGUGAGUUAAAGCCACAGAGAGAGCAAAAGUCCCGAAGCCUCGUGCGGAAGUUACUCCUCCGUCGAGCCGCACAGAAAAGCCCCGAUUGCCGUUUGCACGACCGUCCCUCCAUAUUUAUGGGCUUCUCCUCGGGUCCACUUUCUUCUAUUUAACGCAGGUAAGCCUGUUGUGUGUGUGUGCGUAAAAAAGGGGGGGUUCCUUUGCAGGGGGGAAAGGCCAUGCCUAGGAAUGAACGGGGGUGAUUUCAGCAAGGUUGCAAUCCUGCACCCACUUGCUUCGGAGCUGAACGCGGCGGGACUUGCUUCCGAGCAAGCCGGGGAAGGAUCGGGGUGUUUUAUUUUUGCUUCGUCAUGAGUCGCGCUGUGGCUGCAACCUAGCGCAGGUUCUCUGACGAGGCGUUUUUGGAAAGCCGCAUUUUACAGGAGGGGGUUUCGGAUCCUGUACCUAACGCCUACUUAAGGAAGGUGUUGGCGUGUUUUCUGUCAGCAAAGCAACUUGCUCCUAUCAUCCUUCGUCUGUUGGAGUUAAUCUCUUGGUGUAGAAUAAGGGCUUGUUUCAGCAUAACGACCAGAAACUUCCCCUUAGCUCUGCAAGAAAAUGGUUUCAGGAAAGAUACCUGCGUUUCUAAUCAUUCAAACGCAGUGAAAAGACAAGGGGUUGCAUGAAAGGGGUUUUCCCUCUGUGGGCUCAUUCUCUUCUGCUUCUUACAACCUUGUCAGAAUUGGGAGUCAUCCUGUCAUUGUCCUCCCGGGCCAACAGAGGGGUGGUGUUCAUGAAAUGCCACAUAAAUAGCUAUGCUUUGAAACCUUCCUCCCAGGAGUCUAGAAAAUUCCAAUAGCCUCAUUGCUGGACUCCUCAUAAAGUUGAUUUGUACUUGCUUAGGCCUAAACGGUCUCUUCUGAGCUUGUGGGAAAGCUGCAGUAAAAGAAGGCUUCUCACGCCACAGGCACCAACUAUUGUAGUCUUAAGUGAUUCCUCUUAUAACCCUCUGCAUUACUAGGCUGUCAUAAGUAACCAUAGUUGCCUACAAAAAAUGUACUUGGGGGGAAUAGCUGGCUUCCUGUAUGUAAUGUACACAGAGAAAUUAACGAGAUCUCUUAAUGUAUUUAACUAUUGAAUUGCUUCACAGAUGGAUGAAUAGCGAUGUAUCUGAUUAAGUCAUAUUCAGAGCAGACCCAGUACAAACGAUUCCUCUCACUGGGUCUACUCUUGAGUAUGGCUAAAGCUGCAGUCAUAGCACCACUCACUUGGGACAAGCCUUACUUAUUUCAUAGGACUUGCUUCUGAGUAGACAUGGGUUAGGAUUGUGCUAUAAGUUGGAUGCCACCUAUGUAUUUUUUUAAAAAAUAGGAUUGUAGGAAGCAUCAUGAAAAUAUUGUCUGUAUGGUACACAAGAGGUUCCAUAGAAGGGAUUUAAAAAGGAAUUAUUUCUCAUGAAUGUUACUUAGAUGCUUUUUUAUAAUUUUAACAGAGGAUAGGCAUGCUUUCCUUUUCUUGUGCAUUUGGAGCCGUGAUUACCUUCCAAGUAUGAAUCUACAAUCUAAGAACCUUAUUCUGAGCACUCCUCCUGCUCUGAGCUUUAUUGAUAAAACAAAUACAAAAAGCUUUCAUAGGUGCAAAGCAAACAUGAAUUUAAAAACGUGGCUGACUCAAAAUGGCAUAUGGAAUUCAUCCAAGUGUUCUGAAUAGGGUGUUAUUAUUUCAUCAGUUCCGCAUCUGGCUGCCAGUCACUGUUCUGGCUAAUCUUGCUUGUGACUGAAUUAUUUACAGCCUCCCAGCCAGCAAAUGAUGAAUUAUGAACGAGGGUGAGUGUAAGCAAAGGGAGCCUUUUGCAGAGGCUUCCCUCCAGCGCAUGUCCUCCAGUACAAACGCAAGCCUAACUGAUUUUUGUUUAUGUUGCAGAAUGAUAGAAGUCUUGGACCCAAGGCCCCUAUCCAGUUCUAUCAUGCCUGUAGAUGUGGCCAUGAGAAUAUGCUUGGCUCGUUCGCCACCUGUGAAGAGCUUUCUCAACCCACUUGACGAAUAUCAGAGAAGGAACUUUGUGGAUCGAUUUAAGCCUCUCAGACCGUGCCUCAAUGUGAAACGUGAAACUGAGUCCCAAAACAGUGACUGGAAGCGCUCUGCCGGACGAGCCAAGAAGAGAGUCGUCUUUGCAGACUCGAAAGGUCUCUCUCUCACCGCCAUUCAUGUCUUCUCUGAGUUUCAGGAGAAUCCAGGGUGGGACCUUCAGUUUGACCUGCUAGACCUUGAAGACAUAACUGCUGGCUUAAAACUGCACGAGGAAAAGAACUUGAUUCUGGGUUUUGCUCAGCCUUCGGCGGAUUACUUGGACUUCCGGAACCACUUACAGAAGAACUUUGUGUGUCUUGAGAACUGCACCCUCCAAGAAAGGGCUGUUUCGGGGACUGUGAAAGUGAAAAAUGUGAGUUUUGAGAAGAAGGUGCGGAUUCGGGUCACCUAUGAUUCGUGGAAAACCUAUUCCGACAUAAAUUGCGUCUACAUGAACAAUGUGUAUGGAGACUCUGACAAUGAUACCUUCUCCUUUGCUAUUGACUUGCCUCCAGUCAUUGCCGCUGAGCAGAACAUUGAGUUUUGCGUGUAUUACCAAAGCGACGAGCACACAUUCUGGGACAAUAACGAUGGACAGAACUACAAGAUUGUCCAUGCAGAAUGGAAGUCGGAUGGAGUCCAAGUGCCGUCUCCCAGGAAAGGCUGCAUGACUCUCAAACCGGCAAGAAAAGGGCACGAGGCAGGCUGUGAACAGCUGGGUAGCCCUCGGGUAGCCAAUGGCCUCUUCCCUGAAUGGCAAAGCUGGAGCAGGAUUGAAAGCUUGUCUCCAUAUUGGUGAAUGAUAAUAGAACUCAGAGGCAUCUGUUGCCACCUAACUUUAAACUUCCCAAUAAGCAUUAGCAAGCCACCUAGAAGGGUAGGCUGACUACUUUUUUUAAAAGGGAAAAUGACUGUGAACAUUAUGCAUUUACAUUUAAAACCAACAGCCACAUCUUGGACUUCAGAGGGGAGGGAGAGAGAAUAUGAAUUUCCGUGAGAACAUCUCCUAAUGUAAAAAACGAGUGAUCGAUAUACCAUUAACUUGCUGUCCACUUGCCUUAACUAGGGGGCAGCAGAGAAGUUUGUGAAGAAGUAAUAGUGUGUGUGGUGGCUUUUUGGGAAGCUGUGAUUGUGUGAGGGGGAUGUUGCAGAGGUAUCCACACAAAAAAACCUCGUGCCUACUUUUUAAGUUGUAGCGGAGAUUGUGUGAGAGAGGUGGAACUGCCAAACCUGAGGCCUGAGUCAAGACAAAGCUGGUCUUGGCCAGAAUACAAUUCGGUAUUUAGGAUUGUGGUGAAAAGGGGCCUCUUAAGUGGGAAUGAAGUGGAGAGAGAGAGAGAGAGAGAGAGAGAGAGAGAGAGAGAGAGGAAAAGGGGUAUGGUGUACUGUAGGGGCAAAAGUAAAGCAUACAGCAGGAAGCAGUGUGCCUUGUAAGAGCUGUACAGACAGGCAGCACUUCUAACAGACAGCACUUUCCCCAUCAGUGAAUUACAGCAGUGGGGAAAGCUGCAUCUGUUGAAUUUCUGACCUUUAGGCUUAGAUAUGUGUGGAGGGGGUGAGAGGAAGUGUGAAAAGCAUAAGGGGCUGGGGAACUGUUCAUGUAAAUAGGCCCCUGCAAAGCUGUAGACCUGAUUUCGGGAAUCUUGUCUUUCAACUUGCCAAACAGUAAGCUAAUUUUGCAACCGCACUUCACAGGUAGAUCUUCAUCCUAUGUACACAAAGGCUAUGCCUUAAAAAAACAAAAAUAAUCACACAGGGUUUCCUGUGAUUGCACGGUUUUGUUUUUAAGAGAGACUGAAUGAAAUGCCUUAAUCCUGUAGACACUGGCUGCUCAACUUGCCUUGUUCAGUGUAGAGACAAACUCUCCUAUUAUCUUGCUUGUUGUAGAGUUUAGUAAUAUUUUUCUUCUCCAAGAAAUAGCUCUUCACAACAGUAAAAUAAAGCUAAGCAAUUUAAAAGUCCUUCAUAUUGAAGGGGUAAUAAUGUAGCUGCACUUCUCAAGCUAAUUGGUCUAAAAUAACAGUAUGCAUCUUGCACAUAAAUAGAAAUAGUUUUCUAUACACUUUCUCAUACCUCAUUUUUUUUGUAGCUGUUACAGACACAGAAAGCUGUUGUUGUUGUUGUGACUUUCUGAUUAUAGUCUUUAAUCUUCCCCAGAUAUAUAGCAUUUUGUAAAUAAUAGUGUAAUUUUGGCACGGACUGUAUACGAAAAAGCCAAUCGGAAUAGGAGUGUGUGUACAUAUCUCUGUGUUCACUUAACCUGUUUUGUAGUGGUGGUGUCUAUGGAAAAUGCAAAUUACAUCAUUAUACUGUUUGUUCCACUAGUACUGACAUGGAAUUUGUAUUGCAAAAAAGGGAAAAGCCUCUUCUCCUCCUGGCCCCCCCACUGUACCACACUACUGUGUAAACAAUUCACUUUAAAAAAUAAAUUGUGUUUUGAUAA